AUGCCUCGGACCUCCACCAGACUAUCGAGCCUGCCUCGCGCUGGCCAAACCGGCAUUCAGAAUUUCGCAAGAGCGAUCAAGCCAGGCCUUGGCACUCUCAAGUCCCUACAAGAUGGCAAGAAGGACCUUGCUCCUACGCCAGCGGCCUGUAUACCGGUUUCGCCUUCCAAGAAGCGAAAACUUCAUGAGCUCGAGAAUGUCCAGGAAGGUGGUAGUCGAACACAGGGGCUUGCAGCAAAGACCGACGCAGAUCCGACGUUGACACCUUCCAAAUCUCUGAAGUUCAGUACGCUCUCCGUUUCGACACCGAGGAGUGGCCAUUAUGCAUCUUCUUCAUCGCCUUCUGCGCGGCAGACGAGGGCGUCAAACGACGAGCAAACUGUUCCAUCAACACCGUCGAAGCGGGCACUGGGGAAGGCUGCAGCGACACCGUGUCCACCUUGUGACUCGCCCAUAAACACGGUUACCUCACGCCCGGCUUGUGUGGAGGAAUUGGUUCGGCUGCAUUCGGCGUUUCUUAAAGCUUUCACUAUACACGCUGCGCAUCGUGGGGUUGUUGCUCCAGCGGAUUUAAGAGACUUCCUUCCCAGUGUGGAGCAGAUAUGGAAAAAGAGAAAGGUCGUUGUGAAGGACUUGCAGCGGCUACUCUGGGUCUGGGAGAAAGGAGGCGAGUCUGUUACAGGUGGAAUAUUUCGACUUGUGAACCACGGACUGGGUCGUGUUUGCUUGGAAAAGGUCGCUGGACGAGCGGAGCCAGUUGAAGAGGCUGGCCUGCAAACACGAUUUGAGCAGGCUGUUGAUUUGUUAUGGGAUUCGGCGGAGGGAGAUGAAAGUCAGGUCGAUUUCAUGGCAACACUGGGCUUAGCUCCGAUUCAGGAGUCAUUGACUCCGUUUACGACAUUUCGCAAGGGACAGCAGCGGCUGCAGGACUUGAAAGGAGGUGUGAUCAAGAUGAAGAUGGAGGCGCUUCGGACAGAAGCAACAAGCGACGAAACCUCAACUGCGCCCCAAAAAACUCGUGAUGCAACCACAACCCGCCGACAGGGACUUCUUGAGCGAAUCAAGAAUAAGGAGCUGCGCCAGGCGAAAUUGCCCCCACCUCCAUCUAAGGAGGCUCUGCUUCGACAUGCUGCAGCUGAGCGAGUCGAGGAGGUUGCGGGUGUGCUGGCACUUCUCCGGCCAGCUGGAUAUGUGGGAAGCGGACCCAUGGCAAGGAUGGCAGCGCAGCGAACACCGUUCUGCCUGGACACGAUUGUGCGAAAUGUGCAAGACUCUACUCGCAACCCGAUCUCGGACAAAGAGGUGGAGGCUUGCCUGGAAAUCUUGUCUCGGGAGGAUGUUGCCGGCCACUGGGUAAAAGUUGUUGUCAUCAACCAACUCAAGUCGGUUGUUUUGAGAUCAUGUGGAGAUGUACAGUUGAAGGAUAUUGGAACGAAGAUGACGCAACUGAGAGCUGCUUGGGAGGUGCCAAUGCUCGUCAGCUAA